AUGCCCAAGGUUCUGCUCACUGGAGGCAGUGGCUUCAUUGCCGCUCACAUUGUCGACAUCUUGCUGCAGCAUGGUUUCGACACCGUCGUGACGGUCCGUUCCGAUGAGAAGGGUCAGAAGAUCCUUGGAAGCCACCCGAACAUCCCGAAAGAGAAGCUGUCAUAUGUCAUUGUCAAGGACGUCGCUGAAAACGGUGCCUUCGACGAGGCUGUUAAAUCUAAUCCGCCAUUCGACUAUGUCCUCCACACAGCAUCCCCUUUCCAUUUCAAUGUCCAGGACCCGGUUAAGGAUUUCUUGGACCCCGCCAUCAAGGGAACGACUGGAAUCCUGAAGGCGAUCAAGGCCUACUCCCCUACUGUGAAGAGGGUUGUCGUCACUUCGUCUUUCGCCUCCAUUGUUAACUCCGACAAACACCCUCCUGUCUAUAGUGAAGAGCACUGGAACCCUGUGACUUGGGAACAGGCCCUGGACCACUCUAAGGUCUACCGGGCUAGCAAAACAUUCGCGGAAAAGGCUGCAUGGGACUUUGUUGAAAAGGAGAAGCCCAACUUCGACAUCGCUACGGUCAACCCUCCUCUUGUCUUCGGUCCCAUCGUGAACUACUUGAACUCCCUCGACGCGAUCAACACAUCCAACAAGCGGUUCAAGGACUUUGUCCAGGGUAAUCUGAAAAACGAGACGCCUUCUACAGACACUUUCCUCUGGGUGGAUGUUCGUGACGUUGCUUUGGCUCACGUUAAAGCAAUUGAAGUAGCAGAGGCUGGAGGAAAGAGAUUCUUCGUCACCAACGGCUUUUUCUCAAACAACGACAUUGCGGAUGCUAUUCGGGAAAGUCACCCUAAGCUGGAAUCCAAGCUGCCGCCAAAGAAUGCUCCUAGCAACCCCCCAUCCUAUGCUUACGGAUACGACAACACUAGAUCCCGUGAGGUUCUGGGUAUCUCGUACCUGCCUUUGAAGAAGACUGUUGCCGAUACCGUUGAGUCUCUGCUGGCUGUUGGUGCGUAG